GCUCUAUCUUGGAGGAUAAUUCCUAUUGGUGUCCAAAACAUUGAAAGAUAUCUUAGAAUCAAGUCACCAUUGGGUAUGUUCGUUGUUUUUUUUUUUUUUUGCAGUUUGUUGUGCUUUCCAAUGGAGUUUUCCCUGUUUUAUUGGUCAAUGAUUGUCAGCAUUCCUUUGUAGUUCUUUUGUUCGGUUGGUUGGUUGUGUUUGUUCUAGCCUUUAAAUUUUAUUUCCCUGUUUCCUUUUCCAGUUAUAAGAUCCAGCUUAUUUUGCGGGAUAACACAGGCGAGGCUCCCUUCAUAGUGUUUGGUUCAUGCAGCAACAAUUUGGUCUUUACUUUUGCUCCACUCCUGGCACAAAGAUAUCCGCAUAGGUCAGGUCAGCUGCCACCAGAAUUGGAUGCCCUUUAUGGCCAGCAUGUAAAGUUCGAGGCUAAGCUGCCAAUGAUCGAGCCUAAUGGAGUGACAACGGGGGAGUUCAGGGUUCUACGUGUUGUUCCUCAGCAAAAUCAUCAGAUACAGGCAGCUGCACCCCUUUUAAUUCAUAACACUGUGCAUGCUUCCCAGUCUUCUCAGAGCAAUAACUACCUAUCUGGAGCGUCGAUGGGGACUGGAGUUGUGAAGUUGUCAAUUGGACAUGGUUCGGGAUCCUCCCCAUCAAGUUCUGCGAAAGGAAAAGAGAAAGUUUCGGGGCCUUUGUUGUUUGAGAACUGCAAGCCUGCUUUCCAAAUUGGUCAGCUGAUGCAGGAGUCUCUCGGCCAAUCUCAUGGAUCGCUCUCAGUCAAUGAAAAGGUCACAAAUUCUGGAGCAGGUGUCGUUCAUGAGGUCCACCCAUCUCUGCCAAUUGUCGUGCCAUUAGAUACUAUAUCUGCCCUUAAAGAAUCUAAUGAGCAACCCCCUCUGAACCUGGAAAGCUGAUCGCAACUGAUGUCGCGGUUCCGGUGAAGGCAAUAAGUGACAAAUCCAUUGACAUGGUGAACUAUUCAGUGACACCAUCCCACCUGCCACAUAAUCAAAAGUCAGAAUUCUUGGGAGCACCUGGACAGGUGUCUUCAAAUCUCUCGGAUUCAGCUCCUGUCGACUCUGUAACUCCUGAGAGUAAAAUCAAUGCACCAUCGUUGUCAAAUCUGCCCAUGUCAUCAUCAGCUCCACCUUUUUCAUCGCCAUCAGCAUCCAUGCGAGAUUUCUCCCUGACUAAGCUAACAACGUUGGUUGCUGUGGAUGCAUUAUAUGGAUCUUUUUUUUAUUGCUUUUGAAUGAAACAGGUUGGCUUCUCCAUUGGCUAAGGUCAAGGUGGAAAAGCUGGAUGCUUCAGAGGUGGAAAAAAAUGGUGCUGGUGCACAUGGAUCUGCUCUGUUCUCGAUUGGGGACUCCGGUUCAAUGGAAGAGGCGUCUGCCAUGCUCAUGGGGUGUGUCGCAUUUCCUUCGACCAGAAGAAACAAUUUGUAAAAUGGAAAUGUGCUCCUUUUUCAUUACUGGGAUUUUGUUCUUCCUGUUCUUUGUGUUCUUUCCAUAUUAUUCCUCAGAAUCAGGAGCGUGCAAGGAUUGAUCCAACAGAGCAUAUGAAUGGAUUGAUAAAAGUGUUUGUUUAUGAAACGACAUGGUCUAGGUCGUUCGCUUUAAUGAAUCACAAAACUCACC